GAUUUGGUUGUGCGAAGAAUUUUUCCUUUAGUUUGUCGGCUAAUAUAUUUCUUUGCAUUGCAAAAAUGCAUUGAAAUAACACUUUUAGUAAUCCUAAAUUGUGAAAAUAAAGUGCCUUCCGAACGUUAGCAGUGCUCGUUCCAAGAAAAAACGGUGCUCUCAGGUGUGUCAUUGCUGGGAUAACCACCAAUCAUGAUGCCAGCCAGCAGUAGGAAGAGCGAAAUGCUCCUCAUCCUAGCCGCACUGGUGGCGGUUUUGUUUGUAGCCUUCUCUACCGGCCAAUCGUCAUCGCAGUUGACCUGCCCGAUGAAAGCGACCUGCCGCGAGUGCAUUCAGACGAGCAAUUGCCGCUGGUGCACGCAAGCGAAUUUCAGUAAACCACGAUGCCACGGACACGAUAUCGGCUACUGCCCGGAGGAGUACACCGUUGACCCCAGCAACGAGGCCAUUACGCUGAUCGCCCGCGAGCUAAGUAAACCGUCGAAAGGAGGCGUAGCGAUUGCGGGUGGUGGUGGUGGUGGCUACGAGGCCGAGAUGUCCGCCAGCAGCAGCAGUUCGCAUUCGUCGUCUUCGUCGUCCUACUCCAGCUCGUCCCAUUCCGCGUCCGGCAGCAUGAGUGCCAGCGCGCAGAACAUUGUACAGAUCUACCCGCAGCGGGUGCAGCUGAAAUUAAGAUUAAAUGAGGUCUACCGGUUGGGGGUUAAGUAUUCCCAGGCCGAGGAUUACCCGGUUGACUUGUACUAUUUGAUGGAUUUGUCCAAAUCCAUGGAGGAUGAUAAGGAAAAACUGUCCACUUUGGGGGCACUGCUCGCGGACGAAAUGCGCAGCAUUACGUCCGACUUUCGGCUGGGCUUCGGCUCCUUCGUAGACAAAGUCUUGAUGCCUUACGUAUCAACGGUGCCAAAAAAUUUACGUGAACCAUGUCCACAAUGCGCCGCCCCUUAUGGCUAUCAUAAUCUCAUGCCUCUCAGUAUGGAUACGUAUCGGUUUACAGAAGAGGUCCAACGGGCGGCCGUGUCGGGCAACCUGGACGCCCCGGAGGGUGGAUUCGAUGCCAUCAUGCAGGCCGUGGUUUGCCGCGAACAGAUCGGUUGGCGUGAGAAGGCACGCCGUCUGUUGGUGUUCUCAACGGAUGCCGGAUUCCACUACGCUGGCGACGGGAAGCUGGGCGGAGUAAUUACGCCGAACGAUGGCGAGUGCCAUCUGGAUAAGACCGGACGGUAUACGCACUCGACCAUACAGGACUAUCCGAGUAUUUCGCAGAUUAACCUGAAGGUGAAGCAGAAUGCGAUCAACGUGAUCUUUGCGAUUACCCAGAAUGAGUUGUCUGUUUAUGAGCGGUUGUCCAAGCUGGUGGAGGGUUCGUCGGCGGCUAUGCUGUCCAACGAUUCGUCCAAUAUUGUGUCGCUGGUGCGCGAUGAGUAUAAUAAAAUUUCCUCCUCGGUGGAGAUGAAAGACAACCGUACGGAUAGUUUGAUUGAGGUUAAGUACUAUUCGCGCUGUCUUGGUAAUGGACCGCUGGUCCAGACGAAUAAAUGCGAUGGUCUUAAGGUUGGUGACAUCGUUCAGUUCGAGGCACACAUCACGCUGUUGAAGUGUCCGGAAGAUGCUCGUGAAUGGAAUCAAGUGCUGCAGAUCUAUCCGGUUGGUAUCAAUGAAAGUUUAACCGUGGACAUCGAAAUGCUGUGCAGCUGUCCCUGUGAGCUGCCAGGUAAUCCAGACUACAAGGAAUACGCCGAGGAGUGCAGCCACGUAGGUACGUACAAGUGUGGCAUUUGCUACUGCGACGAAUUCCAUCAUGGUCGUAAUUGCGAGUGUUCUGCCACCGAUAUCCAUACGGAGGCAGGAUCGGUUGAUGCCUGUCGGCAGACCAACACUUCGAUCGAUUGUAACGGACGGGGACAGUGUGUUUGUGGAGUUUGUGAAUGUGACAAGCGAGCAAAUCCGGAGGAAAUAAUUUCCGGAAGAUACUGUGAGUGCGAUAAUUUCUCCUGCGAUCGACACGAUGGCCUACUGUGCUCGGGACCGAAACAGGGUGUCUGCUCCUGUGGAGAGUGUAUUUGUGCAGAUGGAUGGACCGGAGCCGCUUGUGAUUGCAAGGCUACCAACGAAAACUGUAUUCCACCGAACGGCGGUGAAAUUUGCUCUGGGCACGGAACGUGCGAAUGUGGUAGUUGCAGGUGUAAGAUCACCGAUGAAGGACGCUUUUCCGGUCGUUUCUGUGAAAAAUGUCCAACGUGCUCGGGUCGUUGCAAUGAGUUCAAACAUUGCGUUCAGUGUCAGCAGUACCAAACUGGUCCGCUAGCCGAUCCGGCGGAUUGUGCUGCGAACUGUACUCUGUUUACUCCCAUUCCGGUGCAGAAGGUGGAGAUCGAUGAGGAAAAGGACGACAACAAGUGCACCUUCUUCGACGAAGAAGACUGCCGGUACGAGUUCUCCUACAACGAUAGUGGCGAAAAGGUUGUUGUGAAGGCUCAGGAGAAACGCGAAUGUCCUCCGAAGGUCUACAUGUUAGGUAUCAUUUUGGCCGUGAUUGCUGCCGUAGUUUUGAUUGGUUUGGCCGUGUUGCUCCUAUGGAAGCUGCUGACUACGAUUCACGACCGACGGGAAUUCGCACGAUUCGAAAAGGAACGAAUGAUGGCUAAGUGGGAUACGGGUGAAAAUCCCAUCUACAAGCAAGCGACAACGACUUUCAAAAAUCCAACCUACGCCGGAAAAUAAACGGCUUCAAGUGCCUACAAAAAUGAAACAAAUUCGAUUCGAUUUGGUAACGACAUUAUUACAGUGUCAGGUUUAGAUGCUUGAGACUGCACUGCCACUUGUCUACAAAUUGCCCGAAACAAAGCGCAUUGCUGCGCCAAACUAGUCUUCAUAUUCUUUCACUUCCAUGCUGUUUAUUUAUAAUAAUUAUAAACAUAAAACAUGGCGAAAGCCUCAUGGGCGUGGCACGUGGCAGUCAGUUUCUUUCUUAAAUAAAAUCACCUGGUAUGUAACUUUUUUUGUCGAAACAGCUUAAUGUUGAUUGCCUCAACAAUUGAGCACUAGAAACUGUAUUGAGCCUUAGUAAAAGUGCAUUAAGCUUACUGUAAGCACGCUAAACAUUUUCAGUAGAGGGUCAAAAUUUUAAGAAAACUUUGAAAGAAAUAACCUACCCAACAAAUGGUUUUUAACCAACAACAAUAAUAUGAAAAACAAUCUUACUUAAGUGUACUUAUAUGCUAUGGGGAGGAAAGGCAACAAGUUCAAUAAAAUAAAGCCAAAAUUUACUAAGCAAUAGAAAAGAGCCACAGACGGAGGAAGACGGAAGUGCGCGGUAUUUAAUUUUGUCUAGUGCAUAAGUUUGCUGCCAUUUUUAAUUUUACGAUCAUCAAGAAGUUUGUUGUACUGAUUAAGAUUUUACAAAAAAAACGCAUUGUGUAUUCGAAUUAUUUUUAAAAACGCACACACACCUACGAAAUUUUUCUUUUGAAUUAAUAUUUUACGGCUGAUAACUCGUAUUAAUCCAACUACCUACCUACUGUACUGUUAGGAAAUAAUGUGUCAAAUUUUCUGUUAGAUGCAGUUUAAUGCAGUACGUGGUGAACGUGAAAACGAAACGCACAUUUUUUUCGAACCUAUACCUACAGAGCGGACUAAUUUAUUUUGAGAUGUGAGUGUGUGAACUAGUAGUAUCAUAUUUCGUUGGCUAACAAAACAACAAUCGAAGGAAUAACAUUUUACAGUAACCUCCGUAAAUAUUGUGUCUUAGUUUAGAGGAAAUUUGUAAAUAAUUUUAUUUUUUUACUCUGCCUGUUCAGAUUAGAGAGACAGAAAAAAAAUACAGAAGAUAUACAUUAACAAAUUAGUUUGGAAAAUAAACGUAGUGCAGAACUAGUAAAGUGGUUCAAUGACAAAUA